CAAUCAAGUAAGAUGCCAAAAUCAAAUCAAACCAAUUCACUCAAACCUGGUUUCUCAACUGCUGGUUCAUUUCAAGCUGUGGCAGUCGAAUCAAUCGAAUCAGAUUCAGAAAGCGAUUCACAAACCACUCCGAUCAUUCCAUCACAUCGAACACCUUCUACUGCCAUCUCAACUUCAACUAAAAAGGGACGCGCCAAACAACGUGCUCGUGAUCGAGCUCGUAAAUCGGCUGGUACCUCGACUUUAUCUGAUCCAACUGAAUUCCGGAACAAUAACAAUCUUAAUAGGAUCCUUCAUCCAUUCGAUCUCACCAGAAGACCUGGAAAUCAUCAAAACCGGUUUAAUCGUUUUUAAUUCAAAUGGAAAGAUCAUUGGGAUCGAAAAAGAAAACUUAACAAAUCAAGAAUGGAAUCGAAAAAGUGAUCUGAUUCAAAGUUUAUUGAAAAAGAAAUGGAUUCAGAAAGAAGAUGUUGAUCGAUUGAGAUUCAUUAGAUUGAGAAAUGGAGAGUUUCUUUUACCUGGUUUUAUUGAUACUCAUACUCAUGCUGUACAGUACUCGAACGUAGGAGUUGGACAACAAUACGCAUGUGAGUAAUGUAACCUUUUUAGAAGAAACAAAGUAUUCAUCUAAUGGUUAUUGACAAAGGAUUUUUGAAAAAGUGGUGAAAAGAGUAUU